GCCCGGGUCACGAUUGGGACCGGGUCCAGGGCCAGACGGGGUUAGGGUCCGGGCGGGAUCCCGUGUUGAGGUCUUAAUGCGUCGGCCUGGGACAGGGGCCGGUCCUGGCUCGGGCUUCACGUCCUGGCCAGGGUCAGGCUUGGGCCUCGGAUCCAGUCCCAGGGCAGGGUUCAAUCCCGCACCUGGAGCAAGUCGAAGUCCCAGGGGCGGGCCUGGGUGGAAGAUAGGGAGGGUUCCCUGUCGGAGAAGGGGCUGUGAAGACCACGUGGGGGCGCUCGAAGGGGCCUUGAGCCACCCUCCUCUCUGGGUCAAAGGUCAUCGCACCGGCAGGGGAGAACUUCCUCCUCCUUGGCGCUCCCCAUUUACUUCCUGAUAACCUGAUAGAGGUCCCCCGAGGGCGGAGGGGAAGGGGAGGCGCAGCAACUUUAGGCAACUUUCCGUAGGUGUGCGCAGGUUGGGGGGCGGGGCGCUCCUGAGGUGGAGGAUUCUGCGGCAGCUGGAGUGUGACCAGCGCCAUGUCCAGCCAGGUGGUGGGCAUUGAGCCUCUCUACAUCAAGGCAGAGCCAGCCAGCCCUGACAGCCCAAAGGGUUCCUCAGAGACCGAGACCGAGCCCCCCGUGGCCCUGGCCCCUGGCCCAGCUCCCACCCGCUGCCUCCCAGGCCACAAGGAAGAGGAGGAUGGGGAGGGGGCUGGGCCUGGCGAGCAGGGUGGUGGGAAGCUGGUGCUCAGCUCCCUACCCAAACGCCUCUGCCUGGUCUGUGGGGAUGUGGCCUCCGGCUACCACUAUGGUGUGGCGUCCUGUGAGGCCUGCAAAGCCUUCUUCAAGAGGACCAUCCAGGGGAGCAUCGAGUACAGCUGUCCGGCCUCCAACGAGUGCGAGAUCACCAAGCGGAGACGCAAGGCCUGCCAGGCCUGUCGUUUCACCAAGUGCCUGCGGGUGGGCAUGCUCAAGGAGGGUGUACGUCUGGACCGUGUCCGAGGCGGGCGGCAGAAGUACAAGCGGCGGCCAGAGGUGGACCCGCUGCCCUUCCCGGGCUCCUUCCCUGCUGGCCCCCUGGCGGUAGCCGGAGGCCCUCGGAAACCCGCAGCUCCUGUAAAUGCACUCGUGUCCCACCUGCUGGUGGUUGAGCCUGAGAAGCUAUAUGCCAUGCCCGACCCGGCGGGCCCUGACGGACACCUCCCGGCUGUGGCUACCCUCUGUGACCUCUUUGACCGAGAGAUUGUGGUCACCAUCAGCUGGGCCAAGAGCAUCCCAGGCUUCUCGUCACUGUCACUGUCUGACCAGAUGUCAGUUCUGCAGAGUGUAUGGAUGGAGGUCUUGGUGUUGGGUGUGGCCCAGCGCUCACUGCCACUGCAGGAUGAGCUGGCCUUCGCCGAGGACCUGGUCCUGGAUGAAGAGGGGGCACGCGCCGCUGGCUUGGGGGAGCUAGGGGCUGCGCUGCUGCAGCUGGUGAGGCGACUGCAGGCCCUGAGGCUGGAGCGUGAGGAGUACGUCCUGCUGAAGGCCCUGGCCCUUGCCAAUUCAGACUCUGUGCACAUUGAGGAUGCCGAGGCUGUGGAGCAGCUGCGAGAAGCUCUACACGAGGCCCUGCUCGAGUAUGAAGCAGGCCGGGCGGGCCCCGGAGGGGGUGCUGAACGGCGGCGGGCGGGCAGGCUGCUGCUCACACUACCGCUCCUUCGCCAGACAGCGGGCAAGGUGCUGGCCCAUUUCUAUGGCGUGAAGCUGGAGGGCAAGGUGCCCAUGCACAAGCUGUUCUUGGAGAUGCUCGAGGCCAUGAUGGACUGA